GUCGGAUACGUUUUGAACGCCACACAACAGCAGCUGGGACACCUUCGCGCUUACUCGUGUGUAUUUGCGUUUAAUCUCUCCGGCAUGACUGCGGGACGGGAUGCUUCUCCUGUACAGAAGGGAAUUUAGUUAUCAGUAUGCGUAUAAGCGGAAUAAACAAAUCCGACACGCAUCCAGCUGCUGCCGCUGCUAGCUCGCUAGGUAGCUAGCUGCUGUAGCACACCAGCCCGUGGAGGGGACGAGCUAACCGUGGCUAGCCGGUGCCUGUCUGGUUAGCUACAGUUCACCUCCGAGACGUGGAAGUUGAUAAUUACCUGUACCUGGCUGCUAAGCCAGCUAGUUGCCUACUUUUGUGUAACGUGAGGGGACAAAAUGGAGCUGUUCCAAGCCAAAGACGAGUAUAUUCUUCAGAGUGGGGACCGUGCUCUGUGGUGCAGCCGGAAAGACGGGACUAUGACCGUCAGACCUGCGACUGACCUGCUUUUAGCUUGGAAUCCCGUGUGUUUGGGUUUGGUAGAAGGUGUUAUUGGCAAGAUACAGCUUCACACAGAUCUUCCUCUCGGCCUUGUAUUAAUCCGCCAGAAAGCACUCGUGGGCAUUUUACCAGGCGACCAUAAAGUCUAUAAGAUCACCAAGAUAGCUGUCAUUCCGCUUUCUGAUGAAGAGCCUCAGGAGCUCGAGCUGGAGCUUUGCAAGAAGCAUCACUUUGGAAUCGACAAACCAGAGAAACUGGCCCCGUCUCCUGAUGAUUCAAAGUUCUUGAUGAAAACUUUCAGCCAGAUCAAAUCAAAUGUGGCUGUGCCUAUCAAGAAAAAGUAUUCCCCUGCCUUCCAGGUCAAGGAAAACAAAGAGAAGGAACGUCUGGAGAGGCGGCUGCUGGAUGAGCUAUACAAGAUAUUCAUGGACUCGGACUCUUUCUAUUACAGCAUGACCUACGACCUGACAAACACUGUGCAGCGACAGGGAGGCUCGGAUAAAUCCAGUUUACCUCUGUGGAAACAGGUGGAUGACCGUUUCUUCUGGAAUAAGCACAUGAUCCAAGAUCUAAUUGACCUUCAGGUGCCAGAGGUGGACUUCUGGGUGGUACCAAUCAUCCAGGGCUUUGUUCAGGUGGAGGAACUGGUGGUGAACUACAAUGAGACAUCUGAUGAGGAGAGGAGCAGCCCUGAGACCCCACCGCAGGAGGUCACCUGUGUUGAUGACAUUCAUCCCCGCUUCACUGUGGCCCUGAUCUCCAGACGUAGCCGUCACCGUGCAGGGAUGCGGUACAAACGCAGGGGAGUGGAUACUGAUGGCCAUGUGGCGAACUAUGUGGAGACAGAGCAGUUGAUCCACGUGCACAGCCACACUCUGUCCUUUGUGCAGACUCGUGGCUCUGUGCCUGUCUUCUGGAGCCAGGCUGGGUACCGCUACAACCCCCGGCCACGCUUAGAGAAAGGAGAGAGGGAAACCAUGUCUUACUUUGCUGCUCACUUUGAAGAACAGCUUAAACUCUACAAUACGCAGGUCAUCAUUAACUUGGUCGAUCAAGGUGGACGCGAGAAGAUAAUUGGCGACGCAUAUCUGAAGCAAGUCCUUCUUUACAACAAUCCAAAACUCACAUACGUUUCGUUUGACUUCCAUGAGCACUGCCGAGGUAUGAAGUUUGAGAAUGUGCAAAUACUGACAGAUGCGAUCUCUGACAUCAUCACAGACAUGAAGUGGGCUUGGGUGGAUCAGGCCGGAGUUAUCUGCAAGCAGGAGGGUAUCUUCAGAGUCAACUGUAUGGACUGUCUUGACAGAACCAAUGUGGUCCAGGCUGCUGUUGCUCGGGUGGUGAUGGAGCAACAGCUGAAGAAACUGGGUGUGAUGCCUCCUGAGCAGCCUCUGCCCGUCAAGUGCUACAGGAUUUAUCAGAUCAUGUGGGCCAAUAACGGAGACACCAUCAGCAGACAGUACGCAGGCACAGCAGCGCUGAAGGGCGAUUUCACCAGGACGGGUGAGAGGAAACUGGCUGGUGUGAUGAAGGAUGGUGUGAAUUCAGCCAACCGCUACUAUCUGAACCGCUUCAGGGAUGCUUACAGACAAGCAGUCAUUGACCUAAUGAUGGGCUUGCCAGUGACGGAGGACCUCUACUCCAUCUUCAGUAAGGAGAAGGAGCAUGAAGAGAAGGAGAAAGAGAGCCAGAGAGGAGCACAGGAGCAGGUCAGCCUCCUGCUGCAGACAUACAUGCAGCUUUUACUGCCUGAUGACGAGAAGUUUCACGGCGGUUGGGCCCUCAUCAACUGUGACAUGAGCCUCAUCGAUGCAAACAACAAAGACGUGGAUGUGCUGCUUCUUUUGUCCGACAAAGCAUAUUAUAUUGCUUACUACGAUGAAGAAGCAGAUAAAGUCAACCAAUACCAGCGACUCAAUUUGGAGGGUUUGGAAAAGAUAGAGAUCGGUCCGGAGCCGACUCUGUUUGGGAAGCCAAAGUUCUGCUGCAUGCGUUUGCAUUACAGGAAUGAGGAGACGAGUGGAUACUUCCACACGCUGAGAGCAGCAACACGAAACCCUGAGGAUGAUGGAAAAGACACGUUACAAUGCAUAGCUGAGAUGCUUCGCAUAACUAAACAGGCCACGGGGCUAGACCUGCUUGUGGUUGAAAAGAAGCUGGAGAGGCGGCAGAGUAAACCUCAUGAGGAUAUAAUGGGCAUCCAGAACAAACCUGCUGACCAGGGACAGGGUAGCUCGGGUUUGGCACAGGGCAAAAGUUUCCUCCUCAACAAAUUCUCCUCUCUCAAUCAGAAAGUGAAACAGACCAAGACAAAUGUAAACAUCGGCCCCUUCAAGCCUCUCGGGAAGCUUGGCACCUUCUCUAAGCCUGAUGUAAAAGUCAAUUUCCUAAAGCCAACUAUGCAUGUCAACCUGUGGAAGUCGGACAGUAGCUUGGAGACAUCAGAUAACAACCCUGGCGGAGCCCUGAAAGAUAUCGGUGAUGAGCACUCUGACAUCUCCGACGACUCUGACUCCUAUAAUUCUGAUCCAGAGCACCCGUGUUCUGGCUCUUUAGAGAACGUGGACUAUGUGCUGCCCAGCUGUGGCAUUGUAGCAUCAAACCCACGACUGGGCAGUCGCUCCCAGUCAAUUGGUAGCGUAGAACUAAAUAUUCCCUCUGUUAUCCGGGUCACUGGCUGUGACGGGAAGCAGGAAAGCCCUUCUCAAGUCAGUGAUGACAAGUCCCCAGGGGCCGCCUCGGUGGCUGAGGAAGCCAUCCUGAUUGACUUUGGUACUCCCAUCGAUGCUUACUGCCACCAGUUUAUCCAGGAUGCACAGACCAAACCUGUUGAGGUGUUUGGGGAGCAGCCGCCAGCUGCUGCCCCCCUACUCAACCCUGUGUUGCCUGUGCAGAAUAAAACCCCAGCAGACUCAGACAAGCAGCCAAGCUCCGAGCUGCAACAUCGGCAGGAGGAGCCCCAGCUUCCCAGGCCAUCCCAGCUAGACGUCGAGACGACUACCUCCAAUUCCAACCUCCUCGCCGUCCAGAAGCCUAGCUCUGCUGCUUCAGGAGGCUCUCAGAGGAGUCUGGGUUCACAGAUGGAGGGCAGCCUCGGCCCCUCGCCUGCCGACAGCAAUGGUAGCCGAGUGGUCUCCCCCUUUGCCAAGAUCAAGAGCUCCAUGGUCCAGGUGGCCAGCCUCACACAGGCUGGCCUCACCCAGGGCAUCAACUUUGCUGUGGCAAAGGUACAGAAGAGCCCAGAGCCAGAUGCUGUCAAUGAAGCCCAAGAGAACGAGCUGAAGGCAAUGUUUACACAGUGCCAGACCAGGAUCAUUCAGAUCUAGUGCUUACCAUGUAGCAGGACUUUGUAGUGAUGCGUCGUGUAGAAACUUCCUGUGUGGUAGCAGUAGCAAAAGCUUGCACAUAGCGUCACUAUACGGCCAAGAAACACGCUCCUAAAUUUACCCCCAUGUUAAAGAUUACUCUUGUACAGGACUCAGACAUACAUUUGAAAUCCCGACAUGACAGUGACCAUGUUUACAUGCACAUAAUUGUGGAUUCCCUCUUAAAAGAACACUGACCUUAUUUAUAUAAGGGACGUUAUAUAAGCUUAUGUCUCUUUUGCCAUCCAACCGUUGCAAACUGAUUCUUUCUUUUAUGGUUUAAUAAGCAGUCUUCAUCAGUAUAUUAAUUUCCUUGUGAAAAUAACAAUAAUGGCGAUACCAUAACAUUUCUGAUAUGUAUGUCUCAAAAUACCAGUACUUAGUACUAGGGCUGCACGAUAUGUAAAAAAAAAAAAUCAUACUGCAAUUGUUUUGACAGUUUUUACAACUGCAAAAUGAUUCAUGAUUAUUGGAAAUGAUAACUUUAGCAUUUUUCACUGAAAAACAAAAUCAUGACUAAACAACUUUUUGGAUGACUAUUCAAAACAAUCCGGUUUUCUCACAUCUGGAGAGCAAGAAUUAUUGGCCAGGGAAUCUCUGCAGCACAAUACUUUUUACUCUUAAUUAAAAAACUGCAGCUUCUUAUGGUUUGGAUAUUGGCCUUAGCCCUAUUGCAAUUUUGAUCAUGUUUCAAAUAAUUUGUGCAGCCCUACUCUGAGCCCUAAGCCCUAAGCUCAGUAUAAAAAAUGGCAUAUAGGAAAUGUUUGAGUAUUGAGUACUUGAGGAAUCUGCUCUAAUUCUUGUGUCUAUGAAAACAUUUGAUUUAAAUGUUUGUGCGUCCAAAUCCUCAAUCACUCCAGAAAUACUGCCACUGUUCAAUAGUUCUGGUAAGUACAGUUUUCUUAUCUUAUGUCGAUGAUAAUCUCAUAUUGGUCACAAUAGGACAUAACCUAGACAUAAUAAGGUAUUUAGGUUUGAAACUUGUGUACUUCCAGAGUGGUAUGCAGCAUAUAUUUUGUGCAUGUAAACAUGUCACUAUCCUUCGUGAAAAAAGAAAACAUUCUUUUGGCCACAUCGUUGCAUGUGAGGUUAAUGGUAACAAAUGAUAAUGACAAGGCAGGUAAACAUGAGCUGCAUGUUGCAAGACCAACUCUGACUUUAUCAUGUACUGUAUGUCAUCCUGCACAUUUUGUGACAUAGACCUCGUAAUGACCCAAUUUGUAACAGUUGUUGUAGAAUCCAACCAAAUAUCUUUUGUGAGUGACUCCCAAAGGACAGUUCAAUGUUAACUAUUACCCUUUGUAUAGCUGUCAGGAACUAGACGACAUACUGUACGUAGUAAUAUCUGUAAUAUCCAUGUUGUCAAGUGUAACUUAGAAGAUAUACUGUUAUAGAAAUAAUGACUACACACAACCUUAGUAAGAGUACCCUGGCUGUCGAUAUGUACAGUGAGUAUUGUAUGUUUAUCUGUUCCCUGAGUAGAGCCUUCCCUUCAGCUUUUUGUAUUGAUGGCAGGGUGGCAGCUUGUUCAAAGAGGUUUGAGCAUUAUAUUUUGAAAAAGAAGGCCCAGUAUGGUCAUUGCUAACCACAAAUAACCAGAAAACUACUGGUUGGAGUUGUUUUUGAUAGAUAUAUGUAUUGAAAUAACUAUUCCGCUAAUGGUUGUACUAAUUAACUAUGAGGGUUUGUACAAACGGAGUCCCCGGCCGGCGUUGUACAUUGACGUUGCAUGUUUGACAAAGACAGGAGAGUAGCAUAUAGUAGGUAUAUAUGCAAUUGCACCCACCCAGUUAUUAGAAACACUGACGCUUUAUGCACUCCCCAAACUGAAAGCAUAUUUGCCUUAACAGGGAAUUUAAGUGGGAUUAUGUAUAUCAGGUAUUUAUGGCAAAAUCUACCUUUUUAAGUCCAUUCUAACAUGUUACAUUUGGUGUACUGUACAAACAAUCAUGUUCAGGGUUAUUGUAUAUCAUCAUGCUUUAUCUUGGGAUGUUUCCUCUACUGGCACAUACAUUCUCCAUGGAAGUGAGCAGGUGUUGUGAGUUGGCUGUGUGUAUGUGCUGUACAGUUAUGUGUGAGGUUGUGAGUGCUCGCCUUAGAGCUUCCAGUCAUAUUUGUGCUAUGAAUUUGUAUUGCUUUACCUUAACCGCAAGAGGUGAGGUUUUGCCUCUUUGGUCACCAAUUAAAGAAAGCGUUCACCCCAAAACUCCAGGUAAGAGGAAAAAUAUGUCGUUUUGAUUUUGGUGUGAACAGCCCCUUUAAACGGUGACGAUUUUCGACAGCUUGAUAGUCCUACACAAAAAAUAAUGAACCUUCGCCACUUUAUCCCUCUGCUGUGUACGUUUUGUCUAUUUAUGAUAAAUAAUAAUAAUCUUGUAUGCCUCGAGCUGAAAUAUCCCAAGAUAAACCGUCACAACUUUCAUAUUUUUGUGUUACAUUUGCCUGUUUUUUCUGCAUUACGCUCGCUCACCAGCAGAUACAGUGUGGGAUCCUUGUAUAUUUUAUGACAUUAACUGUGUUAAGUGAGACAGUGGGCUGCUUCGUGGGUGCUACAUUAUAUAGUUAUUGAACCUGCUGAUAGCGUGUGGUGCUGCCAAAGCUUUAAGGUAAUAGCUGUAAUGCUAAGUUUUAAGUGCAGGGGGUAAAAGGUGUUUUUAGAAACUUUUCCUUCAGGAUCGCAAACACUGGAGCAGUUCUCAAGCAGAGCAGAAACGUAUUCUGUCCUUAACCGGCUGCAUUAAGCUACAAGGAACAGUAGUCCUCAACAUUCCUGAUAGAGACCACAAUGCUAGAGUGUUGGUGUCUGGUUUUUAUAUGCAAAAGCCAGCAGUUAUAUUUGAUCCUAUAUUUGCUGGGUGAGAUUUUUCUCCUUUCCUUUUGUUUACACCAAGUGCUUUUGCAACCACCUCUUCAUUUGUCGUCUGUGGUUGUCCUCCCUUCCAAUAAGAACCCCAGACCAUAACAAACUAUCAUGUGAAAAGAGGUCUUAAAGCAUUUGAUUUGCACUGUUUAAGCACAUUUUCUAGCAUUAGAACCAUUCCAUCCAGAUGUCUGUGGUCAUUUCUCUCCUCUUUACCAACUGACUGUUGUCAUUGUUUUCCACGGUGUACUGAGAUUGUAUUGUAUAUUAAAGUAUCCUAUUUAUUCUUA